AUGUUUGUUUCCUCUUGGUCUCCCGAGUUUACUCCUGAUUCUCCUCCACUAACCUCAGCAGAUGUUGCUGUCGAGCUUCGUGGCGUCCCGUAUCUACUUUUCAACAAGGAGAGCUUGUGUAGAAUUGCUACCGCAGUAGGAACCCCUGUUGCUAUGGCUCCAGAAACAGAAAGAAAAGAAAAUUUUGAGGUUGUUAAGUUGAUGGUUCGCGUUAAUCUACAUAAAGAGCUGCCUAGUAAGAUCAUCUCUGGUUUCUCCAAUGGUCGCGAGGUCGAAAUCACUGUUACUUAUCCUUGGCUACCACUGCAAUCCCAAGGCUGUAAACAAUUUGGCUAUUCCGAUCUCAGAUGUCCUGUUAAGCAUCUGGUUCACCCACCUAACACACGUUCGCGAAAGUCUAGGACCAGUAGGAGUCGUACUCCACUUCCGAGGGAUUCAACAGGGUUUAAAACCCAUACUCGAAAAGGUCGCUCUUGGAGACCAAUCAAGAAAAUUAUUCCUUUAGUUUCCGAUGAAAGUGAUGGGUUCCAGGCGGAUAUUCUACUGAAAUCUCCUGGAGCCGACACUGACGCUUUGACGUCGAUUGCUUCCUCGAGUCAGGGUGUUGUUUUAGAGUCUGAGAAGGUUGAGAGUGUUGUGGGAGUAGUGCAGGAAGUAGUUGUUGAAUAUGAGAAAUCUGCAAACAAGUCUGACACUUCUUCUAAUAUUGUGGCAGAGGCUGGUGGUGUGGUUGUGGUCCACGAAUUACAGGAUCAUGACUUGGGGAUUGUGUCGACUCCAAAUCCAUCAGAAUGUGGUUCUCUUCAGGAUUCUAUGCCAAUGGUAGUUAACUCUAUGGUUUGUGGUUCAGCAGUUGGUUCCGCUGUUGUUGAAGAAGAAGAACAACCUUUUAUUCUGGUUUCCUGCCGGAAGGGUGGUCGCAGGACCACCAAGUUACAUUAA